GCUCUGCCGUAGCACUCUCGUAAAUUGUAGCUAUCUGUCGCAACGUUUAGUCCAGCAGCAGAGGUCACAACAAACCGCUCAGAAUGGGAGGUGACCACGGCCCCAGCAAAAUGUCCAUGCCAGAUUGGCGGCAGUGGAAGGUGGAAGGAACACCCCUGGAGUUCACGAAGGAGAGGCUGGCAGCCAGGGGCCUCAAGGACCCGUGGGCACGUAAUGAGGCGUGGAGAUACUCUGGCGGCUUUGCUCGUGCUGUGACCUUUUCAGACGUGCUGCUGAAAGGAUUCAAGUGGGGCUUCGCUGCCUUUACCGUGGCUCUGGCUGUAGAGUACGCCCUGUUCCCACCAAAGAAGGGUGGACACUAAUGCUCAUCUUAGUCCCUCAAAACCCGACCAUACUGGAGUGUGAUAAUAUUCUGUUUUCUUUAUUAAAUGUCUAUUUGGUCACCA